AUGGGGAGCACGGACGAUAGCGACCGACGAUCGAUCGGCGAAAAGAAACCACCAACAAAAACAGACGCGACACCUCUGCCAACUCCCGACAUCAAGGUGCACCGACCACAAAAAUUGAAACGCUUGCGCGAGCAAUACGAAAGGGAGCAAGAGGAGGUUGACCAGCUCUUAUGCACGGAAAAGGAGCCGUCGGCAGAUGAAGAGGCCCGCCAAGGGCUACGACGGGCACUGGUGUUAGCAUUGGACCAUGUCGGUUUCUCGUCAGCCAGCAAUGAAGCAUUGGAAAGCUUCCUGCUCAUCACCGAGUCUUAUAUUCAGUCUCUUACAAAAGACGUCACCCGCUUCACUCUGGCCGCUCGUCGCACUCAGCCAAUUCCGGUCGAUUUGGACAUAUCAUUAGCUCGCUUUAACUUAAGGACAAGUGCAUUACGGCCGCAUCUACGGAAUCCCAUCAGCCCCGCGAAGCUCGCACAACGGCCUCUUGCCGAACAACUGCCUGAACCGCAGUUGCAUUCUCUGUCUCGUCGUCCGCUCGAGCGCAACGACUACAACGAUCUACCUCUUCUUAGCGACGCCCUUAGCGGCAGAUCUGAAAAAGAGAGCAAAGGCUACAUUCCCAGCAGCUUUCCCGACUUCCCAAGCAUUCACACAUACCGCAACACGCCAAUCGACGUUGACUCAGUGACUGUCCAGGGCAGUGGCCUACGGUACGACGACGGUUCUAUGUUGCUGCUCCCGAGUGAAAAAGCGAGCGCAGAAGAUCGCGACCUCGGCCUGGGGUUUGCACCACUUAUGGACGGCACUAUCCGGACCAGUGAUCCCAAGAGAAUACGCGAGGCCGCUGCUGUGGAGGCAAAACAAGCCGAGGAGGCACUUCGUGGGCUCAUGCGUGCCAGCAAGGUAAACAAGUUGAAGGAAGUCCGCGCAGCCGCAGACCGGAGCACGCUGAACAAGAAACGUUACACCUUGUGGGAAGCAGCAAUGCGUGAGCUUAUUACGGAAGCGAAACAGGAUCGUCGCAAGAGCGGUUCCGGUGGUGCUGCGGGAGGCUAUGGCGCGGUAUCACGUGCGUCUCAGAGCAUUGACACAUCUCCCUCUAAGGCGACUAAGAGCACUGCGGCAGCGUUGCGGGAGGACAUUGCUGACCAGAGCAUGAUGGUGAACGCUGAGAAGAUGUUCCACCGCAAAGAGAUUCCGCGCAAGGCGCGCAAAAUUGUUUAG